AUGCCUCGAGUGACGGAUGCGAUUGACUCUGACUCGGAUGCCGACAGACCACGCACAAACCAGAAGAAAGAGUAUUCAUCCAAGAAGAAUCGCGUAUCCUCUUCAGAGCCCGAACUCGCGUCAGAGAACGAGGAGGCUCCUGGAGAAGAGGGCGAUGAGGAUGAAGAGUAUGAGAUUGAGGAAGUCAUGGAGUCCCAAAAAGGUUAUUUUGGUGAUGGUAAAUUUGGCUAUUUUGUGAAGUGGAAAGGUUAUCCCUCAGAGGAUAACAGCUGGGUGCAUGAGGAUGAUGCAGCCAAUGCGCAGGACCUCAUCACUAAGUAUUGGGAAAACAAGCGCAAAGUCAGUAGGGGUGGUCCCCGCAAGUCCACAGAUACUGGCAAACCCAAGACCGGCCGUAAAUCCACCGUUGUAGAGGAUACUCGAGGGUCCACGCCUCCCGCAAAGAAACGUAGUAGGCCGAAGAAAGCAGACCAGGAGGAACGGUCGGAGAAAGAGCAGGAACCCAGCACUGAUGACGACGAAGCUAGAGCAAAGAAAAAACCACGUAAGAGCCAGGGGGCUUCUGCGAAGAAGGCCACGAAACAGCUGGCUGAAGACGAAGAGGUGGUCACUUUCGGUAGCAUGAAGAAACACAUGACUAUUGCUAGUUGGGAGAACCUUGUCGAGACUAUUGACACGAUCGAACGCGGAGACGAGGGUGACCUCUAUGUGUACUUCAAAAUAAAGCACAGCGAUAUCCGAAUGCGGGAAGUUUCUCGACUUUGUGCCCAAAAGUUCCCUCAGAAGCUUAUCAAGUUUUAUGAGUCCAAUCUGCGAUGGAGAAUUGACGGCGAAGAUGCGAAUUAA